GGGGCUUUCAGCCACACCUCCCAUAUGGUCUUUCCCUUCGGCCAUUCAUAGGUGGAUAAGCAUAAGCAGCAUAUGAAGAACUUGGAUUUCGUUCAACGACAGUUUUCUAACUGAUGCGUAAUAGUGAUCACCUGUGAGAAUGAAGUUGGAACAAUGGAAACUAGAGGCUGUCAACGUUCAAGAUGCCGAAGAACUCUUUUGGCCAACCAGCCCAACUCGUUAUUAUUCUAUCCCUCGUUCAACUCAGAGGCUUCCUCCUCGCACGGACAAACAGCGAAGUCCAACCCCUUUACAACAAUUAGCCUUGGAUGCUUUACUGCUACAGUUGAAAAACUUGUGCCAACAAAAGAAUUACACAGAAAACAAACGAGCAUUAAAGCACUACCUGAAAUUUCAACUCCCUGCAUCCAUUCGUCAACAGUUGCUGACAGCCUCGACGAAAGAUAGUCGCAUCUACACUCUACUUGAUUUGAGCAUGUUCGAGCUUUUGUUAUCGACAUCUGUCAAGUAUGUUUACGUACAAUCGGUACGAACGUUCUUCCGGCAAUCAUUUGUAACUUCAUUGCGUCAAUUAGGCACUGGACUUGAAGAGUUAAACAUUCAUGACAGUUCGUGGCUCCAACGUCGAGAAUGUUUACCAUCCGCUUUUGCACGCAUGACCCAUUUACGCAGAAUAUCGCUUCGUUACUUAGCAAAUGAUCAAAUGAUUGCCGCUUUAGCCCAAAACUGCCUUCACCUCCAGGAAAUGGACGUCAGCUACUCCAUUGACGUAACUGAUUGCGGGAUGAAAUUUCUCUGUGACCCUACACUGAUAACGACGUCAAUCGAACAACCACAAACAUCCAAAUGUGGAUGGAAAUCGGAACAACGUUGUCGAAAGAUAUCCGCUCCAUCAGCUCCAAGCCGCCAUGUGUCCGGAUGCAUGGUUUGGUUUCCUCGGUUCCUUGAACGCGGUAUAAGGCGCUAUUCGGUGCUCGAUGAAAAGAAACUCAACAAUCACGAAUCACCAGCCCAUCAAUCUCAAGAAGAUAUUUCUCCACAAUGGCCGGAAGAUGAAUUAUCUCUAAACGGGGAAAUUUCUUCCACUUGUAUCAAAUCACUCCACCGGCUGGAAAUUUUGGGAACAAGCAUUACAUCACUGGGCAUCGAACUGGUGGCAGCAACAUCUCCCAUCAUAACCAUUGUCCAUUAAAAUACCAAUCGAUUUACUCGUUUUUGUAUACAUAUUACUUUUGUUGUUGUUAUGAAUUUGGUUAACAAGUAAAACAAAAAUGUGUUCUGGCUAGAGGGUUCCGGCACCGAUAACAAUCGUAAAUGACUGUCACACGAGCAACAGUCUACGGAGCAGCAGCUGUUGAACAAAUGUUUUGCACCUGGUGUAUUAGUUUCAUGAUAAACUCAUCAUCACAUAAAAGCAAUUUUGAGGUCUGUA